AUGAGAGUCCAAGCCACCGCAGAAACCAAUUCACACAAUGCGAGGAAUUGGGUUCCUCUGCUAGACGAGCCCGCAUACAAGCCUAGAAACAUACGCAUCGUUUGUGUUGGUGCCGGCUUUUCAGGCCUCAUACUAGCUUACGAGGCCAAAUACAACGAAUCUCUUCAAGGAUUCAUUGAUUUGACUAUUUAUGACAAGAACAAAGAUGUUGGUGGAACGUGGUUGGUGAAUCGAUAUCCUGGUGUGGCAUGUGAUGUUCCAGCACACAUUUACACCUUUCCAUUUGAACCAAAUCCAGAUUGGUCCAGCUUCUAUGCUUCAGGAUCAGAAAUCUGGGCUUAUAUCAAGAGAACGUCGGAUAAGUAUGGUUUGGCUGAAAAUGUUAGAUUUCAAUCGAAAGUGGCACAGGCGACCUGGAACGAGGUUGCAGGUAAAUGGAAGCUGAAGAUCAUGCAAGAUGGAGAGGAAAGGGAGGACGAAUGCGAUAUACUUAUUGACGGAUCAGGAUUCUUGAAUAACUGGCAUUGGCCUGAUAUUCCCGGUCUUCAUGACUUCAAAGGGGAAAUCGUUCAUACUGCAGAUUGGAACCCUUCUAUCAAUGUGACAGGCAAAAAGGUCGCUGUUAUCGGCAACGGCUCAUCUGGUGUCCAAGUACUCCCUCACCUGCAAAAGACCGCUGCUCAGUUGACAACUUAUGUUCGCACGCCUACUUGGAUAUUUGCCAACUACGCGUCUGAGCUUACAAAGGACGGCACCAAUUUCGCCUUCACCGAAGAGGAAAAGAAGGAAUUUCGACAAAACCCCGCCUCGCUGUGGAAAUUUCGUAAAGAGAUUGAAAACAGCCAAGACAACUUUUGGAACGUCUUCUUUAAAGACACAGCCGCCCAGAAAGCCGCCCUCGAGAAUGCAUACAACCGUAUGCGAGAACGUCUCGGCAACGAUGAAGAGCUCUGUGACAAGCUAAUUCCAGAUUACGAAUACGGAUGCCGACGCCCAACACCAGGCGAUGGUUACCUUGAAGCUCUCCGCCAGGAGAACACGCGUGUCACUUUUGAUCCAAUCGUUCAAAUCACCGAGUCUGGGAUUCAAACUACACAAGGCCAUACUGACUUUGACAUUAUUGUUUGCGCAACCGGGUUCGACGCUAGUUUCCGCCGCUCGUGGACCGUGCAGGGGCGGAAUGGCUAUCAGCUCCAUGAAGCGUGGGGGGAGUCUCCAGAAGCGUAUUUUGGGGUUGCAGCGGCGAAUAUGCCGAAUUACUUUAUCUUCAUUGGGCCGAAUAGCCCAGGUAAGUUGGUUUGUGUGAAGCAACAGGCGCUGGAUGAUUACAACGUCUACCUGCAAGAACUCCUCAAACGAAUGGUGUGGACUGGAUCAUGCAGAAGUUGGUACAAGAAUCGCAAGAAAGACGGACAUGUCACCGCAGUAUACGGUGGAAGCCGUCAUCAUUUUAGAGAAAUUCUCGAAUCCUUCAGAACGGAAGACUUCGAUGUCGAAUAUAGGUCAGUUAACAGAUUUCGCUUCAUGGGCAAUGGAAGAACCCUGAGAGAGUCGCGAGGAGAGUACUAUGUGCUGAAACUCGUAUACAAUCCUUCUCGGCCUUUCGGUCCUAUAGAUUAUGAUCUGAUAGUGAUACCGGUAAAACAACGAGAAACAACUCAGCGCCAACCAAGCAUCGACGAUUACACUAUGGAUUCCACCAAUACUGCUUCGGCUAUACCCACCCUCAAGUUGAACGAUGGAAACGAUAUCCCAAUGAUAGGGUACGGUCUAGGAACCGCAAACUUCAAGAAGGGAGGAAGGACCGAUUAUGACGAGAACGCGUUUAACUACACAUUAAAUGCCAUAAAUAGUGGUUUUUAUCACCUUGAUGGAGCUUCAGCGUACGGGAACGAGGAAGAACUCGGUGCAGCUAUCAGAGCAUCCGGCGUGCCGCGAGAAAAGCUCUAUGUUGUCACCAAGCUCAACGGCUGGAAGAAGCAGAACGUUAAGAAGGCUUUUGAUACUUCGCUGAAGACACUUGGGCUUGAUUAUGUGGACCUGUACCUCAUCCAUGCACCUUUCUUUGCCGAGAAGCCUGGAGAUUUACAGGAAGCUUGGGCUACCCUUGAAGCUAUCAAAGAGUCUGGACGUGUUAAGUCCAUAGGCGUGUCUAACUUCAUACAGGAGCACUUGGAGACCAUCCUCGCCACUGCAAAGAUCCCACCAGCCAUCAAUCAAAUCGAAUACCACCCUUAUCUGCAGCAUGGCAAUCUCCUGGAAUUUCACCGCAAGAACAACAUAGCCUUAUCAGCUUAUGCGCCGUUGACAGCUAUUAUACGCGCGAGACCGGGACCUGUAGACGCUCUUUACGCAAACCUGGCGAAGAAAUAUGGUGUCACUGAGGGAGAUAUUGCGUUGCGUUGGUGUAUUGACCAGAAUAUCGUGACAAUCACGACGAGUUCGAGUGAGGAGAGGUUGAAGAGUUAUAUGGCGAAUGUGUGGAGUUUUAAGUUGGAAUCUGAGGAAACUGAGGGUAUUGCGAUGAUGGGGAAGCAGAAGCACUUUAGGGCAUUCCAGAAUCAGUGGAUUGCUGAGGGUGACUGGCGUUAG